AUGACUAAUCAUAUUAAGUACAAACAUUCACUACUGAUGCCUCAACUAGGUUCUGCGAUUAAAAGUAGUUUGUCAAGAGAAGAGGAUCCGUCGCCGGGUACGUCGCAGUCGCAGUCACAGCCACAAUCGGAACUUCUACCACCAACUCCAAUCUUGCCAGGUUCUUCAGAAGCUAGUUUAUCUCAAAAAUACCAGCAAAAUAUUGAAGAAAGCUUUGUCGUACAGUGGUCUCAUGAAGAUUCUAGAUCAAAGAUAGUUAGUGUUGCCAUUGGUGAAAUGAUUGCCCUGGAUUACCAGCCGUUAUCAAUGGUUGAAAAUACAGGCUUCAAAAACUUUAUGAAAAAAGUGAAACCAAAAUAUAACCUACCAAGUAGAAAAUUUUUCACUGACAAUAUUAUUCCACGUCUUUACGAAGAAACUAAGACUGAAAUUCGUAAAGGAGUGCUCAGUGCAGCUGCGAUUUCAGUCACAACGGAUUUGUGGACAAAUAUUAACAACAUGGAAAGUUUUUUAAGUUUCACAGCACACUGGUUCGAUGAUAGUUUCAAGUUUCAUCAUGCAGUCCUACAAAUGACACAUUUCCCAGUUACACACACAGCUAUGAAUAUCAGAAACUGCCUCAAAGAGAUUCUAACUUUGUGGGAUAUAAACAGUGAUAAAAUUCAUGCUAUUGUAAGAGACAAUGGCAGAAAUGUGGCGAAAGCCAUCGAUGACUCGAUUUUUAAUGGAGUUCCUUGUUUCACCAUACUUUACAACUGGCCAUUCAUGCUGCAUUAA